CAGUUACUAGUUAAGAAUUUAUCUUCCUUUUAGAUGAGAGAAAAUAAAAGAAAGAAAAGAAAGUGAAAUCUCAAAUAAUCUCUACGAAGUAAACAAAAAAAAUUCUUUUCUUUUGUUUCUAUAUUUUUGUUUGUUCUUUUCUCUACUAAAUCAUCAUCUCUGAUUAUUAAUCAUUUGGAAUGUUUAAUUACUGUUCUUCUUGGUGUUAACUUAUCUGUGGAUAAAUUAGAUUGCCACAAUUAAAUAGUUAAUUGUUGAUUCUCAUCAUGGGUCCAACUACAAUCCAUAGUCAACCAGAAAGUUACCAUUCCAGUAAGGUGAUUGGAUUCAAGGGAUUGGAGGCAUUGGCUCUUGUUGUGAUUAUUGGUGUUCUGUUGAUCAUUUCGGCCCUGACCAGUUUUACUAAUUUAAUGAUCAUCUAUAAAUUACGAUUGUUUCCCAAUAGUGAGAUGAUUGCUUUUAGUGAUGAUGGUCAUGUUAUCUUUAAUCAUCAGGCUUAUCUGAAUCGUAUCAAUUUAUAUAAAAAUGUAAUCAACGGAGUUUCCAAGAUAAAAGGAGAUGUAUCACUUGAAGCGGGACCAGAUUCUUAUUUACAUCUUAAUUCUGAUGGUUUGGAAAUUGGUUCACCGGAGGGUUUUCAGGUUUAUUCAAGGAAAACGGAUAAACUUUUAUUUCCACCUGAUUUUUCACAAUUAUCUUUACCUUCAGUUUCAUCGAUUUCAAUUAAAGGAGGAAUACGAAAUGUUCACAAAAUAAGAUCACCAACUAAUGAUGAUUUAACCAUUUCAUCUGAUGAAUCGAUUAGUAUUUCUGGUAAUGAAGGUGUUAAUGUGCAAUCUAAAGCAAUCAAUUUAUCUGCUUCUUCAAUUAGUCUUUCAAGUUUAAAUGGUUCAAUUGUAUUUGAUGGUGAACAAGGUAUUACAAUUAAUCCAAAUCGUAUGAUUAUCUCACAUGGUGGAGGAUCAAUCAGCAGUGAUGGAGAGGAAACUUUACAAUAUAAAUUGUGUGUUUGUGGUAAAACUGGACGAUUGUUUAGAAUCAAAAUUAAAUCAUCGGAUCAAGGAUGUGCUGAUGUCCGAUUUCCAGAAUCAGGUAAUCCUUGUAUAUAAUUAAGGUUCUUAAAUUGUUUCCAUUUACAAUCAUCAUUUUAGGUCAAUUUCAUCAUUUCGAUUAUCCUAAAUCUCAUAUCAAUUCAAAAUUUUCAUUAAUAACUUGAGGUGCUAAUAAUUAACUAAGUUUGAUUAUCACCAAUCAGAAUCAAAACAGAAUCAAAUUGUAACCAACAACCUUAAAUUAUAUCAGAUUUUUUUUUUGUAUAUUGUAUAUAAUUAAAACAAUUAAUUGUAA